AUGACCACCAAAUUUCCAGCCGCAAAGACCGGCAAGAACAUGAAAAGUCCUCGAUCCGCGGCUCCCAGUCUCAGACAAUACCGCCAGGAUGACGAUUUGGCUUCUCAGCCUGAUACGGAGUAUUCACGUCAAAGUCGCAGCCCAAGAUACGCACCAGAAAAUGUCAGCAUGCCAAAUCUACCCCAGUGGCAUGACAGCAAUGGCCGAGAGGGUCCUUCACAUCACGAAAGACGACCUGAGCAACGCGGCACUCAGCAAUAUGACCGAUUCACCUCCGACCCGACGCUGUCAGCACUCCCCGAGGCUAACCUGUACGAGCAUAUUUUGUUGCUUCGCAAGCAUGGCAUGUCGGUCAAGCUCGACCGCGAAGCAGCCAGAAUGAUGUCCCAACCAGAUCUCCUCGAGUCCAACAACGCCAACAACAACUCUGUGUCACACAGUCCACUCACCGACAGAUAUAAUCCCACGCGCAAAGAGAAACAACACAUCAGCCACGCGCUCGACUUCAUCUUGCGCCGUGGCGGAGAAAUCGACAUUCCUGCUCUCGAGCCACAGCCGAUGUGCAAACAGUGCUCCGAGCCAUUCGACACCGCGAGUGAGAAGCUUUACCACUGUGACAGAGCACGCAAUCGGUGCAAGCACUGUGCUGAGGACUUUGCAUGCCUCCUUAUGCUGAAAGAGCACCUGAAGGACGACCACAAGAUUUACAAGCACUUGAGUCGCGAUUCUUGGUACAGUAGUGGGGGAAAUCCGGUGACGUGA